AUGAAAUAAGUAGGCUAAUAUCUAAACGCAGAAAUCAAUGAAAUUUAUAAUUGCAUACCCAGACAAAAAGAACCAGAUGAAUAUAUAGAAAUCAGCAGGCUAAUUAGAACAAAUAACAUAUAAAAUGAAAUCUUAUUAAAGUAUGAAUAAUUUGAAAAUAUUGAAAUAGAAAUGUCAACUUACAGCAAUUAGCUUCAAAUAAUAAGUAAUUUUUUAUUGAUUAUCCUAAAAACUUUAAGUUGCCAAAGGAUAUCUGAAAUAAAUAAUAGAGACAACAAUACAAUAACAUUUGAUGUUAUAUAAUACAUUAAGUCAAAAAAAAAUUAACAAUUCUCUAGAUUAAUUUUGGAUCAAGUUAGAUGCCAAUUGGGUAACAGUUAAAAGCACUCUUCCCAAAUUGUACUUAUCAAAGUAAGAAAAUUUAUUAACAGUUUAGUUAAGCAACCUUUCAAAUUUAUAAUUAAAAUGACUUGUAUUAACAUUUUAAGAUAAUCUGUAUUAAAAUAAAUAAAAUUCAGAAAGAUAUAUUAAUUUAGAGAUGUUAAUAUUUAGACUUAGAUUAUAUCUUAGUUUAAUUUAUAGAUUUAGACUCUCAAUAUAAUUAUAAUUGUGUUAUUAUGUAUCUAAUAUGUAAUAAAUGCUUCAUUUCUUUAUCAUAUUAUUUAAUAUCUAUUUAAACUAUCAAAAUUUCACGGAAAUUUCAAUAUUUUAAAUCUGAACAAACCCUUUUAAUUUCAAUUAUAUAUUAUGAAAAUAAUUGUAAAUCUGUUGUAUCAUAGUAAGAUAAGUAAAAUUAAUUCCAUUUAAUGA